UUGUGCGAUAUGCAUAAGGGGACAAUUAGGUGCUUGUCGUCCUCUUCGUCCAGCCCGUAAACGUUGAUUCUAAUAUUAUUAUUAUUCUCAAAUGUUUUACUAUCCUUUAAUUGAGUGGGGAAUGUGACCCCAGGCCAAUCUAAACAAUCCUUAUAUCUCAAAUAUUUCGAAAGUUGGAAUAAUUUUGUAACUUGAAAUUAAUAAAAUUUUGUAAAAUAAAAAGAAAAAUCUUUCAUUGGAACACCUUAUUUUCAGGUAAGUGGAAAAGAAAAAAAGAAAACGAACAUUACACUAACCAAAAAAAAUAAAAUCGCAUUGCAUAAUUACAUAUUUAAACUAUACUACAAAAUUACGUGGAAAAAUUUACAUACUUACUCAUAUGGUCGCCCACAGAAGGCAUAACACACAGUGUAUUCGCCCCCUGUGAUGUAUAGAGGUACACCCCCCUAACCUCGAACACUUCAGGGGGAAAAGUUUUAAGCAGCUUAAUGAACUGCUUAUAAUUUACAUUUACACCACCAGUGGUGCAGUCGAUAUGGUCAGAUAAAAUCCUCCACAUUUCGUGGAGGGUGUAAUAUUUUUCAUUCCAAAACCUAAAAUAUAGAGUUCGUAAAAUGAGCGUUACUUUCACAGUGAGGCAAUAUAUCGCCAUUUCACCUUGCCAUAGUGAUAAAGCUGAGGACACACGACGACACUGACACUCAUCACAAAUGUCGACACUAGUGUAGAUUGCGUCCUCAUGGUAAGCAAUUUUUUGUGUCGACAUCGGUGUAAACAUUUUAAUGUCCCGGUUAUGUGUGGUUAGCUGUCUACACGGAUCGAUGCUACACUGCAAUUCAGUGUGGUACAUUUCCUCGCCAUGAACAGACGUGCUGCUGCCGCGGUUGUCGCAAUAUGUGUUUCAAUUAAAAUGCGUCGUCGUAAGAAGAGAUCGAUAUGGGUUAAAGAUUGGAUUAAAAGAAGAGCCCAGCUGGGGGCAUAUAAUAAAUUGUUAUCUGAACUGGAAAACGAAGAUCCAGAAUGCUACAGAAACUUUCUGCGGAUGAAACACGAAGACUUUCAAUAUUUAUGUAACAAGAUUUCGCCUGCGAUAAAGAAACAAGAUACGAAUAUGAGAUUAGCUAUUAGUGUGGAAGAACGAUUGGCGAUAACACUGAGAUUUUUGGCGUCAGGAGAUUCGUAUCGAUCGCUCUCGUACUUAUUUCGAGUACCACGGCAAACAAUUUCAAAAAUAAUACCUGAAUGUUGCGAAGCUAUCUACAGAUUUUUGAAAGAAGAUUACAUGAAGGUACCCUCCUCUGAAGAUGAAUGGAAAAAAAUAUCUGAAGAUUUUAAAAAUAAAUGGAACUUUCCAAAUUUGGUAGGAGCAUUAGAUGGCAAACAUGUGGUGAUGGUGGCACCCCAGCAUAGUGGGAGUGUGUACUUUAAUUAUAAAGGUACAUACAGUAUUGUAUUAAUGGCAUUAGUUGAUGCAAAUUACAAAUUUAUUUACACAGACGUUGGGUGCAAUGGGCGAAUCUCCGAUGGAGGCGUGUUUACAAAUUGUACACUUUCAAUGGCUUUAAGCGAGGGAACACUUAAUAUACCACCACCACAGCCACUUCCUGGUAGAAUCAAAAAUGUGCCUCAUGUCAUUAUUGCUGAUGAUGCUUUUCCACUAAAGCCCUAUCUUAUGAAACCUUAUCCUUUUCGCAAUCAACCAGGUCCCAAUCGUGUUUAUAACUACAGAUUGUCGAGGGCUCGACGCGUAGUGGAAAAUGCGUUUGGCAUACUCGCAAACAGAUUUAGGAUAUUAAGGAAGCCUAUAGAACUAUGUCCUGAAAAGGUUACAAAAAUUGUAAGUGCAACCUGCGUGUUGCAUAAUUUCCUCUUACACCGGAAUUCGAGACAUUUAUAUGCACCACAAGGCACUUUCGAUGAGGAAAUUGAUGGUGUAUUGAUUCCUGGUAGUUGGAGAUCAGAUGCCCUUCCGGAUAGUGCACUGUUUUCAGAAAGGCCACUGGCAUCUAACAUGUCCAAUUUAAGUAAAGAAAUUCGUGAAGAAUAUAAAGAAUAUUUUGUAUCUCCUGAAGGUGAAGUUAGCUGGCAAUACAGAUAUAUAAGUUAAAAUUAAUAAAGAACUCACCAAACUUCCUUGUGUUUCACUUGCUGGUUCGACGUUCGGGGUUAAAAACAUUAAACUUGAGAAAUACUCCCACUUGCUUACAUAAUUUUCAUCUGUGCCCUGUCCGCUCUUCUUUUUCUUUAGUUUUCUUAAUUCAUUAUUAAAUUGAGUCCGCAAAUUGUGAAGUUUUCUAUUUAUUUCUACAGCAGUAGUAUUAAAUUGUUCCGCCAAACAUUCUAUUGCCGCUGUCUUUUUAUUUCGAUUUUUAUAAUGGCUAUUUGAUAUUUGCCAUAGUUCUGGCAAGCCUUCAUAAUAUAAAAUCAAUAAUUUUAUGUCCUCUGCAGACCAUGCACGUGACGCCAUAUUGGUCUAGCUAAAAAUUUCGCGCAGGUUCGAAAUUCGCGACACUUGUGUCGGACAGUGCGCACGACCUGUCUCCACGGCUGCAACACAGACACUGACCGACAUUGCCACAACAACUGCAACUAAGUGUCGCGGCAGUGGACACACACAGACAUUCGAUGUAUACAUUGAGUGUCUAAUGUCAAGUGUCGCCGUGUGUCCUCAGCUUAAGAGCGUGAAUCUUUCUAGCUCUUGAAUUGUUAUCGCCUUCAUCACAUCCAAUCUCUCUCGAGAUGGCCACGAUGAGGCUGCUGAUGUGCUCGACGAUGUUUUGUCAGACGACAUAGUUCUGCAACAAUAACGCCACUUUAUAUCACUAUUCAUAUGUAAAUCUUUACUUAAUUAGUUACACGUUUUUUGCAAACACAUACACACACACACACACACACACACUCACACAAAACACGCACUGAUAGUUCGGGAGAGGGUGAGGUCUAUUCGAAUGCCAACUCGACUCGAAUGUUUUCCCCACCUCCCCCAUUACUAUUUGAUACUUUUGCCCCCGUCGAGGACGGCCAAUUGCUCGUCCUUUAGCAUUGAGAUUGAGAAGCGCCCGGGGAGUGACACGUGGCCGUAAUCUUCUAUUAAAAGCACGACUUUCCGAACUUGGAAUGGAAGCGCUUACAGGAUGAGAUUAACAGUUUCUUCUGCCUCGGCAGGUCCCUGAGUGGGACCCAUUCAAUGAGGCUGGCCCCGACAGCGUUGAGGGCCUCCAGGCUGGUGGUGGUGGCGUUGGUCGAUGAUGAAUUGAUGAUGACAUUUUUCAGUUUGUCAAAAUCAAACACAGACAGUUAAAACGACAUGACAAAAAAUAAUCUAUACGAAAAAUAAUCUAUACCUUAAGGGAACAAACGUGGAUCAGCGAAUUCUUGUUUAAUACUAUGAGUAGAAACGGUGGACGGCGGAAAUUAGAAUACAAUGCACAGUUAUAAGAAGGGCGCCAGAACCGAUUGCCGGUUCAAUAAUGCAGAUAAUGGAGAUUGGAAAGAUUUAACCUUGAACGUAGAAAACCACGACUGCCACCUCAGCCGCCUUGGGAUGGAGUGUAGUGUGGGUGGAGGGCAGCGUCAGCUUGCCGCCUGCAGGUUACCGGAACACAGCGGGGAAUGCUCGCGACCGGUGCGCGGAUUGGGCGACACGCCGUGAACCCUGAAAUGUUUAUACCAAUCUGUAAGUAAAAUUCCAAAGACGGUGGCCGUGAGAGUGGCCGGGUCCGCCCGCAGGACUGGGGAAUUGCCCCGGGAUUUGAAUUCCGAACGUCAACGUGUUCUGUGAAACGACCUAGUACUAAUUGGAAUUUACCCAUAAGCCCGCCAUAACCUACGUGACAAGUUGAAUCUCAACAGGGUUUAAAGAAUGUACAACUUACCGUUGGUGGACAAAAGGCGGGCGGGGAGCAAUUUUGCACCUAUUUCAACACCCGAGCACGCUGGGCGUCGCCCAUCACAACCGAAACAUGGUUUUUAGCGUCCCAUUCC